GUGAUUUAUUUUAAAGUAAUUUCAUUCUGCGUUAUAAAUUAUAUGUAUUUAGAGUAUAUAAAUAAAAGGAAAAUGGCGACUUUUAUGAAAACGGUAACAUAUUUUGAUGUUUUAUCAUCAGCUUUAAAAAGAUAUAAAUAUGUUAUUCCUAAUGGAUCAAUGCUAGUGACGAGAAAUUAUUCUAUCUCUGCCCAAAACCAUGAAAAUUAUGAUAUUAUUAUUACUGGAGGUGGUAUGGUUGGAACCACACUUGCAUGUGCAAUAGCAAAUAAUAGGAAACUUGAAUGUAAGAAGAUUCUUUUGUUGGAAAGUGGUAAACAAUUCGAAUAUAAAUUUCAAGAAGAAUAUUCCAAUCGUGUGGUUGCUUUAAAUCAACAAACACGUACCUUACUUUCAAGCAUAGGAGCUUGGCAACACAUUGCAGCAACACGUUAUUGUACUGUGCGAAAAAUGCAGUAGGUUUGGGAUGCAUGCUCUGAUGCUAUGAUAGUAUUUAAUGAAGAUUACUUGAAUGAAGAAAUUGCUUAUAUAGUUGAAAAUGAUCUAUUAUUACAUGCAGUCAAUAAACAGUUGAUAAAUAAAGAAAAUGUAAACAUAA